AUGUUCCAGCAGAUGGUCGGCAUCAUGGCCGAAGUCGUUCGGAAGAAGAAAAGAUCGCACAUCUUGCAGGGCCAGUCCAUUUCCUUAGCUUUGGACGACAAAGGGCCUUACAGGGUUCUGAGGUACCGGACCUGCAGCAAAAUUUGGAAAGAUGGCGGUGGGACAAGCCCCACGCAUGAAGGCAUUUUGGCAGUUCUCAAGCAUGGUGGAAGGGGCUCUAGCAUGACAUGCGCUGAUUUGGACGAAGACUAUAGUUUGCGAAUCGCUGAGUCCGUUCAGACCGCUGUGAAAAGGUUGGCAACACCUAUGGGUGAGGAAGAGGAUGGCAGUGUAGUCACCCACUUUUUGUCCAAUGUCCGAGUCUAUGCUUCUGACGGCGGCAAGCCGGUGCGAAAAGCCGGGCAACUUUUGCGCAACUGCAUGCCUUCUCUUGAGAUCUUUAUCCGAGACCGUGCGCAUGCAAUUCGGCGAGCCACCCUUCCCUUAACCUUUGAAGACAACUUUCAAUCUUUUUGGCACCAUGUCUGGGACAAGAGGCAUGCAGUGAUCCCAGACAUUGAAAACAGCUCAGAAUGGAAGUUGAGGUUACAGUUGAUUCAAAAGUCGAUGCUUGAAGAAGAAGGUGCCGUGGGCGCCCAGGCUUUGACGUGUGCCCUGCGCACAUUGAGUUUCGCCAAGCAGAGGUUCGACAGCUACGCAAGUCCACAAGCAAAGUAUGUUGCACUUCUGCUGCCUAUUGCUGUCCUGCUUGCUUCCAUUGCAGCAGAUGGCCGCAAAAAUGCAGACAUCAGAGCUCGGGCGUUGAAGGCCCUGGAGAUGAUGACUCCAGAACAUAUUGUGACUGCUGGUCUCUCUGCAGACUUUUCUGCGGAGGUUCUUCGGUUUGUGCGGCUGCACGAUGUUCGCGACCACGAUGUGGCUGCCACAUCUUACGAGAAGUUUGAGUUCACCCGACGAUUGAAGAUGCUAUUUUCUGACGGUGUCAUUUUGACGCCAGAUGGGGUUGCUGAGGACACGUACACCAACUUGGCAAUCAGGAAUGCCAAGCAGGCAGGAGCCAUCCAGUUUGGAGACAGGCUUCAUACUUUGUGGCGGCCACUAAGCCGUGAACGGGCAAAGGCAUUGGCGCAAAGCGUCAAGAAUGUUGCUGAUGUAGUAAACGACCGGAUCGAGGCUGAGAUGCACAGCAAGGACCUUGACAUGGCAUUUAGCUGCUUUGAUUUGAGGUUGUGGCAUGAAGCAAAGGAGAAGCUAGACAAAGGUCAGGUUCAGAGUUGGCGCGCUUUUGAAGCUGCAAUGGGCUUGCGGGUGAAUCGUCUGAGCAAGACUCUUGGCAUCAAUGCCGAUUUGGCCCGCAGAGAACUGACUGCUGCAGCUCUUGCUCUUUUGAAAGAAGCAAAGAUCGUCUCGCAAACAAACGACAAUAGACCUUUGUGGGCUAGAGUCCUUGGCAUGGGAGCACCUUUCAACUCCAUCCAGAAAACGUGGCAGUGCUUGCCCGAUCUGGUUUGCUUGUACUUGUCCGUGCUUGAUGGAGAGUGCAGUGUGGAGCGUGAUUUAGCCCACCUUCGGAACAUCCUGAGCGAGCACAGCGGGCCCUUGGACGAAGAUGGUUUGUGCUUGUCAGAUCUUUUGGAAGUGUGCUUGGACGGUCCCUCCAGCGAAGAGGAGGUUGCAAAGAAAGCCAUACUCAGUUGCCCUUCCGAGUGUCUCCCUUUCGAAAGCCACACAGACCAAACUCUUUUGCUGACCGAGUUCUCGAGGGCUUGCACCGAGAUUUGGGUGCGCAUGCAUGGCCGCCGAUUUCGAUGCUACCGAGUGCGCAAGGAUGCAGGUCUGAAGCGCAAGCCUAAAGAGGGCACAUUUGCCAACAUGGUGCGCAGCAGGAAUCGUGCAGUGACUUCGCUCUUGCGAGCAAACAAGCCUUUGGAUGCUGCUUCGAGCACUAUUUUUGACCGUGCUUAUGGUGAGGUGGCGCCAUCCGUGAAGCCAGAGGGUCAGAUUCUCAACAAAAGAAUGUCUUCUUUUGUCUCCAGAACAAAAACAUUGAUCCAGGUCAAGCGCAUGGGAAGCUCAGCCGUGGCAUCUGCAAAGAAGCUUACAAAGAAGCAAGUGGCCAAGUCAAGCGCACCAUCAUCGCAAACGCCGGCUCUGAGGCGAAGCAAUGUGUUUGCAGGCAGAGACGAAAUUCGGAUUCGGCAUACCAGCAAGAUCUUGGACACGACCAUGGUUGCACGGGCUGGCAUUGGCACCCUCCUUCGCCCAAGCAGCAGCAAGUGGCCAAAAGUGACGGAGGUAGAAGCUUGUGAAAUCGUGAUUGUGGAGAGCAUGCUUGCUUUGGAGCGAAUGACUUCCUCGUUUCGUAAGCACCUUCUAUAUCUAGCCAUUGUGGCCCUUGGCAAGGGUGUGAUCGACGCAGCAGAUUGGGGUCGCGCUGACAGGCAGCGCUUCGUUCGCUACUACGAUGCAGCGCUUUUGCGCCCUGCUGCCAUCUUCGUGUCUAGCUCUUUUGCUUCUUCCAAGCCGGAAGUGAGCAAGUUGCUGCAGCACUUGGUGGCUACUAAGAACAGCAAGUGGAAGCUGGCAGCCAAGUCGGCAGGCUGCACGCACAUGAUCUCCGACGAUCAUGCUUUUCGCCGUUUUCUCGAAAGUGUCAGGCGGGUGCGUCCUGGCACGGGUGUGGGGCGGCUUUCUUGCUUGAGUUUGCGGGGAGGAGUCGCAAGCAACAGUCCGAAGGCAAAGAAAGCGUGA